ACAGGAAGCCAAAGUGGAGGCAUACACAAAAAUGGCCGUCAAGCUAUUUAAAGCUGGAGUACUUGCACCCUACCGCCCACUGUUAUCAGCGGAAAAAGAAUGUGUCGUCUUGAUCAAAUUGAUCAAGACGACUGAAGAAACAACAAUGAUCGAGACAUCGCUGAAUAGUCUUCAAGAGAUCAUCAAUGUGGCCGGCGACAAACUUCGGGACUCAAUCUGCAAGGACAUAUUGACAACUGUAAAAUCACUGUUUUCAAAACAAGAACGCAGUACGCGUUUGGAAGCCGGUAGGUGCAUGGACAGCCUUGUCCGUCACUUACCGGCCGAAGAUCUGCAAGCUCUACUUCGGGAAGCAAGUGGCGACGAUAUCCAUGAACAUCAAGAUCUCAUCUGGACUAUCAAGGAAGUUUUGUCAAUUAGGUCGACAAUUAACGAAUUGUUACAUCGUCCUGCUGGACCCCAAGCCAUGCAACAUCGUCCUGCUGAACCCCAAGCCAUGCAACAUCGUCCUGCUGGACCCCACGCCAUUCAACAUCGUCCUGCUGCACCCCACGCCAUUCAACAGCGUCCUGCUGGACCCCAAGCCAUUCAACAACGUCCUGCUGGACCCCAAGCCAUGCAACAUCGUCCUGCUGGACCCCAAGCCAUGCAACAACGUCCUGCUGGACCCCAAGCCAUGCAACAACGUCCUGCUGGUCCUCCAAAUGUACAGCAGCAACGCCAACCCGGACCUGGUCAGCAAGCUAUGCAACAGCAGCGUCCAAAUGCUCCUACGACUCAAUUUCCGCAAGGAAUGGCCCAAAGACCAGGGCACUAGUCGGCCGACGCAUUAUCACGUUCUCUGGGAUGAUAGCAAGUUUCAGGCUAACGACAUUCAGAUGCUGACAUAUUACAUGUGCUAUCUAUUUACCCGAUGUACUCGCUCUGUGUCUUAACC